AUGGCUUGCUGCCAGAUGGUCGCUCUUCUCUUACUCUCCUUUCCUAGUGCUGCAGCUGGUGACCUGGUUCCCACUCGUGUUCCCUGCUCCACACUGCAACCAGCCAAAGGGUGGUUCCUGUCACAGUCUGUCCUGGAGCUCAUGACAUGCUGUGAUCACGCCUGCCCCCGGCAGGACCUCAUCCUGAUCCCUCAGAGCUUCCAGGAGUACCUCUCUUAUGAGACAGUGUAUCCCAACAGCACCCAUACCCUCACCGUGGUGGAAGUGAGCCCUUGAGUGAGUGGUGUGGGGAGGAGGGGGCAGAGGCAGCAUGUGCAGUGCAAGCAGCAGAUUUAUGGUGCAGACAGGCAGUUUUCCAUCAGUGGCCACUUCCUGAUGAGCUCCCGCUUCUCUGCCACCAUCAGGAUCCCCACAGGCUGCACGGGUGUGCUGGUGUUUGGACACAUCCCCACCACUGCCUACUGCCUUCACCAUGGCAAAGUCUAUGUGAAGGGGGUCAAGAAGAUCCAAGUGAGUUUCCUGAUGCUGGCACAGGGUGCUGGCAAUGGGAUGGGGAGGCUGGUGAUGCACAUGGGCCCAUCCUUGGUCAGUGUGGGCUAUGACUACACCCUUUUUAGGCUGCACAGGCCAUGCUGGUGCCUGCACAUGAAGCUGAUGGCAGCUCUGGCAGCAGAGAAGAUGGCUGGGAAGAGGAGUGAUUUCUCAGGGUUUGACGGUGACCUGCUGGGGGUCUGCCUCUUGUGUGGGAGGGAGGACGAGAUGGUCCUUCUCAUCUACUGCGAUGGCAGCCCUGGUGCAUCUGGCUCUGGGGUGUAUGUGCAAAGCUACUCCAGUUAG